AUGGUAGACGUUGUGUACGUGGACUUUAGUAAAGCCUUUGACAAUGGUCCACAUGUGGGACUCAUCCUGUUGUCCCAGCUACAAGUUGGCAUUGCUUUCAAACUGGUUUGCUACUUUGCUAACUGGGCCCAGCACAGACGGGGAAUUGGCCGGUUUAUGCCAGAAAACAUUCCUCCGUGCCUGUGCACCCAUCUGAUCUAUGCAUUUGCUACCAUCGAUAGUAAUCACAAGAUUACUACAAAGGAACAGAAUGAUGAAAAACUUUACACGUCAUUCAACAACCUCAAAAAACAGAGACCACAAUUGAAGACACUCCUGGGUAUUGGAGGAUGGAAUUUUGGUACACAAAGAUUCACCAGUAUGGUUGGCACCAGGAAGAAUCGUACAAUAUUCAUAAACUCAGCAAUUGAAUUUCUUAAGAAACAUAAUUUUGAUGGUUUGAAUUUAGACUGGAAGUAUCCAGCAGCAAGAGGAAGUCCAGCAGAUGACAAAAAAAGGUACUCUAUUUUGCUUAUGGAAAUGAAAAAGUCUUUUCAGCGAGAAGCAAAAAGAACUAACAAUGUCCAGCUACUCAUUUCAGCAGCUGUAGCAGCCAGCAAAAAAAAAAUUGAUGCUGGCUUUGAGAUUUCAAAAGUUGCUAAAAAUGUUGACUUUAUCAAUUUGGUUUCAUAUGGCUUCCAUGGAGCUUGGGACAGGUUUACAGGACACAUCAGUCCUUUAUAUCGUGGCACUACUGAUAAGGGUGCUCAUGCAAAUUCUAAUGUGAAUUAUGCUGCCAAGUAUUGGAUUCAAAAUGGUUUACCAGCGAAAAAAAUGAUAAUUGGAUUUCCAACUUUUGGGCGUACGUUCACACUCAAGACUUCCAACAAAAGUGUUGGUGCUGCAGCAACUGGUCCAGGACCCCCUGGCAGCUACACAAGAGAGGCUGGUUUCCUAGCUUAUUAUGAGGUUUGCGACUUUUUGAAAAAUGCCACAUCCAAACUGAUUAAGGACCAGAUGGUUUCAUAUGCGGUUAAGAAAAACGUAUGGCUUGGAUACGAUAAUCUGGAUAGCUUUCAGACUAAAGCUCAGUGGCUGAAGAGGAAUAAAUAUGGAGGUGCCUUUGUGUGGACAAUAGAUCUCGAUGAUUUUCAUGAUCAUUGCCAACAGGGAGUACUUCCUCUAACAACCAAAUUGAACAAAUUACUGAAAAUAAAUCCAGGCUGUAAAAUAGGAAAUUCACCUUCCAGCAGUGAAAGUACCAAGAAUAAAAAUAAUGACAACACAGAAAUACGUAUUAAUGGGCCAUGGUGCCUCAAUAAAACAACUGGCAUCUAUGUUGACCCAAAAGAUUCUACCAGAUUCUACCGCUGUGAUCAACUAACCACUCAUGAGCGCUGUGCUGAUGGAUUGGUCUUUGAUAAAAACUGCUUGUGCUGCAAUUGGCCUAAAAAUUCAGAUUUCCACAAGACUGUUACACCAGAUAAGUAA